AUGCCCUCGGACAACCCGAAAAACACAAACAUGAGCAACACGAACACGCCUUCCGGCGCCGCCCCCACGGGCACCAACAACAACAACGCUCGGCGCUCCGGCCGCGACCGCCACCCCCCCGAUCGCCUUCUAGACGAGAUCCCCGAGACGAUCCGCCGCCGCCCGUCCCAACGCGGCGAAGAGAACCGCAAGAAGAAGGAGCCGCUGGCACGGCGCCUUUCUGAGGCGCGUCGUAAGGCGUUGGAGCCCGAGCCUUCGCAGGCUGCGCCUACGGUUGAGCAGGACUCAGCUGUGCAAGGCACUGCCAAGCAGACUCACAGGCAAGCCCGCGAUGGGGAUGUGACCUUUGCCGACAGGAUGGCGGCGAGGUUGGAUGCGUUAGGACUGAGACCUCCGCAGCUGCGUCGCCUGAGCGCUCCUGAGGAAGCUCUUGUUGAGCAAGGUCAUGCUGUGCAACGCGCUGUUAAGCAGACUUACAGGCAAGACCGCCAUAGGGUUAUGACCUUUGCCGAGAGGUUUGCCGUUAGGUUGGAGGCGAUGGGUUUCAAACCCCCACAGCCUGAGCCUACGGUUGAGCAGGGCGCGGCUGAGCGAGGCAGUGCUGAGCAGGAGCACAGGAAAGAUCGGGAUGGAGACGUGCAGAUGGCAGAUGGGAUGGAGGCUGAGAUGGAGGCCCUGGGUCUGAACGACCCGAACACCUACCUCAAUGACCCUCUGAAUAAGAAAAUGGUGCUGACGCAAGACGGCCCUGUGCCUGCUGCACCUCGAACUGACUAUGCGCCUCCACCGUCGAUUCCGCCUCCGCCCGAGCCUGCGCCCCAGCCCGCCCCCACACCUACCCCGGCGCCCGCCACUCAGACCAAGGUCGAUCGUCGCCCCUCCACACACCGCAAGAAGACUAAGCUGGAGCGUGACCACAAGGGCCACUUCCUCCCGGGCCCGAGACCCGUCGAGCCGGCUCCGCAGCGCGAGCAACCUCUGGUGCGUGAUCGCCGCGGCAGGUUCACGAGCGGCCCGGUUGAUGGCCAGCAGCAGCGUGAUAGUGGCAGGGCCGAGGAGCAGCGUGCCGCAGCCCGGCAUGAGGACAACAACGUUCCCACGAACGUCCAGCACAACAACGGCCGGGUGAAAAAGCAGCGCGUGGAGCCUGUGGAUGACCAGAUGGAGAUAGACGACGACGACGACGAGAGUCUGUACACCCUCGACGACCCGCAGGUCGCUCCCCAGGCCGCGCCUCAGGUCGAGCCGCAGAACGCCCCUCAGGUCCCUGCACAGGAAGUCCCUCAGGUCCAGGCGCCCCAGAUCAACCAGCCCGCACAGCCUGCCCCUGCCCCCCGCGGCCGUUUCACGCACGGCCAAACCCACGUGCAGCGGGACGGGGGACAGAUCCAGAACCCACGGGCCGUGCUUAUCGGCAGCUCGACAAUGAUGCUCGUCGACGAGCCGCAAUCCCCCGCCCCCACACACGAUCCCCUCGACCCCUUGCUCGGCGCCCCGCUGCCACUAGAGCCGACUGCCCGCCAGCCGCGCACAGCCGAAGAGAUCGAAGCCCUGAUCGAGGACACCAACCGCCGGGAGCCCGAGUUCAUACCAGCUCUGGGAGAGCACGGCAUCGACGAGGGGUUCCGGCUGCGGCUGGAGCGGUUGAGGGAGGCGCAUGUGGCUGCGGGCGGGGACGAGGGGGAGUGGAUAGAUCUGGUGAGGGACAAUGAGGAGAUGAGGGUGUAUUUAGACACGCUGCUGAAGGAGCAGUGGGCGGGGGAUGCGUUUAUGGAGGAAGUCUUUGACUUUGAGAAGUGGGAGCGGGAUAUGGAGGACGGAGCUUUCGAUAGGGCUUUGGAUGGACCUUAG